AUGGCAGCGAAAGUUGCAAAAGGAUCAGUACGUAAAUCAAAGUCAAUCGUGUCCAAGACAUCUCUCAACAGCCCUUUCCAGAAAGCAUGGAAUACUGUUGUGGGAGACGAUAUGCAGUUCAUUCAUCACACUUUACUGAAAAAAAUUGAGGCGCUUGGGCUCAAAAAGAUAGAGCCCCCAAAUCGACCAAAGAAAAGAAAGGGUGCAAAAAAAAAGCAAGGGGAAAGUGCUGAUGAAAAGGACACAGAACCAAACCCAGCGGAAAAAAGCUGCGAGAAAGACAGUACGCACCAGGAUGACAAUGUACUUAACUCAGGAUGGACGCAUGCUGAGAUUCGCAAGCAGUUAGCCAUUGGGAUUAAUGAGGUUACGAGAGCUGUAGAAAAAAAUGAGUUGAUCCUGAUUCUAGUUUGUAAAUCUGCAAAGCCUGUGUUGAUAACCAAACACCUCAUUGACUUGAGUGCAAGCAGGAAGGUCCCAGCUUGCCAGCUGCCACGUCUUAGUGAGAAUAUUGGGGCUGCAUUGGGAUUGAAGUCUCUGUUGGCUCUUGGUUUUAGAAAGGACUGUGUUUUUCUUAAGGAAGUUAAAUCCAUAAUUCCUAGAGUGCCCCCACUGGAUGUUCCAUGGCUGCAGAGUGGAUCUACGGAAGAGGCACCAGCUACUGACACUGCUCCAGAGGAAGACAUAACACAGGAAGUGGAAAAGGGAGAAGAAAAAGAAAAGCCUAAGGCUGGUUUAAAACGGAAAAUGAAGACGGAACAAGAAGAAUCCUCUAGUGUAGUAUUUCAAGGCCUGAAAGUUAAAAAGAUUGUCCCAAAUCCAAACAAAAUUCGAAAAGUUAAGAAAGCUGCCAAAAAAAAGUAG